ACUGCGAAUUGUAGGUAAUAAUCGAAGUGUUUGUGCCACCUGACAAAACGAAGACCAUCUAAACAAAUGGAUACGUCAGAUAAUAAACCAUCAGCGACUUAACGUAUACUCGUAAAUGUAAAUGCAUUUUAGCCAAUGGACCUAUAAAAUCAUUUCAGCAAGCAAAACUUGAUGUUAAAUAUUUCAAAUAUAAAAACACGGAAGAAUGUUUCUUUUCUACAAGUGGAGAGGAGCACCUCAGGACUCGAAAGUUCGUUGUAAAAGCAAUUUUGCAAAUCGCUUGAAUGAAUACGCACACCCAAAAACUUGGGAAGUUUUCCAAUGGCGUUUUAAUGCCCUUUUAGUGGGAAAUUGAUUGCAAACGUUUCGCUUUGCUGUUCUUGGUGAAUAUUUGCUGUUAUGAUAAUGGAUCCCAAUCAAGACUGCAUUGGAAUGCUGGCGUCCCCACAUGCAGCAUUGAUACCGGGAGAUAACAGUCCAAUGGAGGAGUUGCCACCCAUAACUCUUGCUCUAACUCCAGUACAAAUACAACAGGAAUAUUAUGAAAACCUGCCAGACUGUGAUUGGGUCAAAUAUGAGAAAUCAAACAGAAAUCAUUUGAUGCAAAAUAUAGCAUUUGCCCUAUUUGGUGGGCCUAGUACAGAAGGCGAACUAGUCGAACUAAAAGGAAAUCAGAAUGCUCAUUUAGAAGGUUACACUACUAGGCAGAUGGAAAGGGUUAUGAAAGUAUAUGAUAAGUUGUGUGAGCAGAGUAAAUAUUCACAGAAUGAUGAAGACAUUGUAAUGUCUGUACUCCUCAUAGUAUGUGCAAAACCAAAACCAGUAAAGUUCUACCAGUUUGAACCAUCUGAUUAUUGGGUAGAUCUACACCUAAAAAACGACAUUGAUAUUUGGUGCACUCCAGUUUUUAGACUUCGAAAAUGCAUCCCCACCACUGUUGGAGCUAACUCAUGCAAAGUGUAUAUAGAUGAAAAUGCUCGAGUUUAUCAUGACUGGCAAUCUUAUUUGACUAAUAACACACUACCGAAAUGUGUGCUGGUCGUGCCAGAAAAUGGAGAAUACAAUGGAACUAUUAUUGAGGGGGAAGAAGCGUUCGCAGUGAAGCUAACAGUGGUCCCGUCGCCCACGUUGGGUCUAAAGGCGCGGGUGCUCAGUUCCGCGGACACGGUGAGCACUGUGGCGUCGCUGGGCGCGCUGGGCGUGCUGGGCGUGGCCGCGUUCACGCCGGUGGGGCCCGCGGUGCUGGCGGGCGCGGCCGUCGCCUCCGUCACCACCGGCGUCUACGGCCUCGUCCGGUCGUCCAUGCAUCUCAAGGACAGAAGCGUACACGAACAGAGCAUAAGCCCUACAGACGCGGAGGCCCGAGGCAGCUGGCUGAACAUAGCGGCGUCCAGCGUGGGGCUGGCGGCGGGCGCGGCCAGCUCUCUGCUGUCGCGCUCGGCCGCCGCGGGCUCCAACCUCACUAAGACGGGUCAAGCUCUGGCCGUGUCCGUGGAGGUGCUGCGCCGGGCCAACAUAAUUACGGGCGGGGCCGGCGUUGUCAACAGUUUGGUGCACAUUAUACUCAAGUAUCGUAAGCACGGCGAGAAACCAACAAAACUAGAGCUGUUCCAAUUCACGGCCGCCACAUUGUUCUUCUGCAACGCGGUGAUGUCCAACAGAACAGCUCAGAACAUCAUCGAGGAAGCUCAGGCCACCACCAUCAAUAGUUACCGAACUACGCUGAGGAGCAACCGCCACAGGAAAAUCUUUGACAAACUCAGCGCAGAAUCUCGAAGAAUCCAAGGCAACGUUCAAGGUAACACCGAAGUCAUCCGGGGCAUCAAAAACAUCGGCAACAAAGACCAGUACUUCGCUGACGUUCUGAGGAUCAACAAGGACGUCAACCAACACAAGUUGAGGAUAUCCAUCACUGCGGAUGGCGAAGUUAAUCUGAACGCACAACAUAAGUUUAAUCCUUCAGAGUUAUCUAGCCUUGGGAAGGAAGGUAGGUCUCAACUGUUCAGUACACUAGGACCAGCUUCGCUAGCAACUAGGAACGUGCCCACUCGGCUAACAGCGUCCUCGCCGGCUGUGGGUCGAUACGAAGAGGAAGACCGCAGCAGCAUCAUGGUUGGCAUACACCCUGGAGAAAUACUACGUAUCGGAACCCUUCUUGUACGAGUCAGCGCAUCUGGAGCAGAGAACGUGGCUCUGAUGUUAGAAAACUUAAGCCAAGAUGUUUACGCCAAUUUAAUGACGGUCACUUUCAAUAUGCUAUCCAAAAUGCUCCCAGACGAGAUAUCGAGGCUGAGGCUGCUUAGUCCUGAUGAAGAUUUGAUUGUCCAGAUUGUAAAAUUCGUUUUCAAUUACAUGAAACAUGAAAGGCCGCUAGGAGAAACCUCUCGCGAUGAUAACGGCAUUAUGUUGGUACUUAAAGAGUUUUUCCAUGAUGGAGUUGUACGCCAAGAUACUAUAUUAAUGUUGAAAGACCAGCUUAUGAUGUGGAUUGACGGGGAAAUCGAUCGCAGGAGGGUUCUGUACCCUAACAAAUGUCAAAUUAUUUGCACGACAUGCCAAGGAGUCAGGUUUGCUUAGUUUACCUAUUGGUAUUAUUAUUAUUAUAAUAUACUUGCAGUAUAUUAACCCUUGCAUUUCAUGCCGAACCAUGAACAUUUUGAUAUUGCCAUGUAUAUUAUAGGUAUAUUUAUGAUCAUAUAGUGGUUGCAAAUACUAACAGAGAUGGGUUUCGCCCAAUAUUUUCCCAGUUUCUUCCCAAACAGUCAACAGGCGUAAACCCAUCUAUGUAUCCACUGGAACCGCGCGCGGGGCCCUUUCUACAUCUAUGGUAUACACUUACUUAUUUUCAAAUCCACUAUCUACUAAUAACUUUUUAGAAGAAUGUAUCAAGAAAUGCCAACUAUAAACAGACAUAUCAGCAUGUUACUUUAUAGUAUGUACCUACUUAGUAUGUAAGUAAAAAACUAUAUAUAUAAUUAUAUAUAUUUUUAUUAAAAUUUAAUAAUAUAGAUGAAUCUUCAGUCAAAAAAGUCAAAAUUAUUGUCACUACAACACAAUACUUAUUAUUGUAUUAUGACAAAUAUUUGACCACACUUUUAUAUACUUCAGUGCAAAAUGUUAAUUAUUAAUUCAUUUUAGUAAUAUAAUAAGUUAUGUGUAAGUAAUAUUAUGAUUUCAAGAUAUUUUAUUCGGAUUGUUUAUAUUUUGUAUUUUUCUUGCAAUGCCUUUUCGAAAAAUUCGGGCAUAAUGUAUCAUUUAAAUAUUUUUACAAAAUCCGUGCAAGUCAAAUAUUUUAGUUAUGAUUAAUGAUAUUAUCUUGAUUAAUGUUUUAGACUAAUAUUUAAAAAAAUGUUAUUGACUGAGGCAGAUAAUAAAAAAAAAUAUAAUCUAUUCACUAAUUUACACAAAAUUAGAGAAGUUAGCUUUGGUGCACAAAACUGUGAUAUUGUUAGAUCAUUGAGUAAAAUUUUUGAAUCUAAUCUUAUGCAAUAUAUGGGCCAAAACCUAAAAAAUGUUGUAAUAUUUUGUAAUAUAUUUAAUUUCAUGCACUAUAUCGUGACAUCCUAGUAGGUCACAUGUAAAAAUUCCUGUUUAAUACUGUGGGGCCGCAUUAUCGCAUUAAUGUGCGCACAAAUUACUUCGUGCAACGCAAUGUCUUACAAUGAAUGGCCAUAGCUUAGAGCGUUUUGAUUAAAACUUAUAAAAUGAACAUACCACUAUGUAAAAGACUGGUUUACAAGGAUAAAAUAAUAUCAAGGAUUUAAAAAUUUGGCAACAAACAUAUUGUGCAUUUGUGACGCAAUAAUGCGGCCUCAGGAAAAUACUUCGUAGUCGUAGUCGUAGUCAUAGAAUGGUAAACUUUUGGAAUAAACACCUUUAUGAGACUUGAAUAUGUAUCGCAUUAAAUGCAUAAUUAUUUUUAAUUUAUAAUACUGUAUAAUUUUACAACGUGCCUUGUAUUUUGUUAAAAAGCUACACUAAAUUUAUUUUUAUCAA